GGCUGAGGUUUCUCACUCAUUUGACGACCGAUAUAUCCGAUGACCAACUUGACUCUCUCGAAGAAUUGGUAUCGCACUAUAAGCACACUGACCAUUCUUGCUACGUGCAAGUACGAGCUCAAUCUGCAAGAGACCCUGGAGUGGGAGCGGAGAAAGCGGUUGCAAAACCCCGCUGUGUCGAGGAAGGCCAUCGCAAAACCAGCGCGUGCCGCAGUGCCACGCGACUUAAACUGGUUCCUCACUCAAGGGUGGAUCAAAAACCCAGAGGCUCGUAGGUAUGACACUGUCAUUCGCUUGGCUUCGAUCUUGUCUCGUCUCGAGAGUCUCGACACCGUCAAACUAGAGCCAGCUAUGGUGUGGGAAAAUCAGGUGAUCAGCCAACAUGCUAUCGGGAUGGAUCUUCGGGAUGUGCAUUUUAUAGCCUUGAUGGCCAUGGCCCGAAGCAGUACCCCCGUUUCCACAUUGGAUGUCUUUCGCGAUCCCGCGUUCUCAGGUUUUAGUUUCGGGGGUCUGGGAGAUGCAGUAAGUUUAUAUUCGCCUGAGCUGACGAUUAUUGGGGCAAGAUUAAUUAAAGACUUUGAAGUUGAGCGUGAUCACUGCAAGGGGCCCGGACUCGCGCACAAGUAACGACACCACUAGCCUUGCACGUUUUCUCCAAUUCACUCCUUAUCUUCGUCAGUUUGAUCUGGACUUGCGAGUAUCUUCUUUCGAUCAGGCCAACAGCGACGAAAUAUUUGUAGCCGUGGC